AUGGGCAUCGUCGCUACUGUUGCCUCAGUAGGCAUGGCCGUUGGCCCGCCGCUGGUCUACGUCGACCAGGCGGUCAGCAUUAUCAGGAAGAGGGACUCGUCUGGCUUCUCCAAAGACGUCUGCGGCGUAGUCAUUAUCGCCAACAUUGUCCGCAUCUUCUUCUGGCUCGGCGCACGCUUUGAGACUCCUCUCCUUGUCCAAUCCAUCCUCCUGAUCAUCUCCCAGCUGGUCCUCCUGUACAUCUGCCUGUACUACGCCCCUCACAAGGGUGCCCGCGCAGUCGGCAGUGGCGAUGACAAUGGCGACGAAGUGGAGACUGCGCUGUCGUCUCCGGGCUAUAGCCGCCCCUUGGGGUUCUGGCAGUGGCCCACGCUCGGCAGCUACCUCGAGUUCCUCGCGGCCUUGAUUUUGCUUCUUACGAUAUUGCAAAUGGCUCUUGGGCGAUUCAGCUGGUUUAUCAACGCACUUGGCUUCAUUGCGCUCACGAUUGAGUCCACCCUCCCGAUCCCGCAGUUCAUCUCCAACUACCGCCGCAAGUCGUGCUACGGCUUCCGCUCGAGUACACUCGCCGGCUGGGUCUUUGGAGACUCGUUCAAGACGGUAUACUACUUUCUCCGCCAUAAUCCCCUCCAGUUCAAGGUGACCGGCAUCAUGACGAUCUGCUGGGACGUUGCCGUCCUCACCCAGAGGAUCUAUUACGGCGCCAAGCCUCCUUACGAGGUCGCGCUCGAGGAGCGUGAGGCGUAUGAGGAGCACGAGGGGCUCAACAGGGAGCGUACAGAGGAAGUCUAG